GCCGCCUCACGGCUCGCGGCCGUCACUUUGUGUCGCGCAGCCCCAGCGGCCCGCAGGCCCCGGCCCCGCGUCCAGCCUGCGGCUCGGUCUGCCCGGCGCGCGCGGAAGGAGCCCAGCCUGCUGGCUUCUUGGUGCUGGUCUGACCUUUCUUUCUCUGAAGAGACCGGUGAAGCCGCCUGACCCUCCUCCUGCCUGUUGAAGGCCCACAGUGUCUGUGCUGGGGCCUCAGGUUUCUGCUGGCCUGGCCCAUGUGUGCUGAGGACUGGGCUUAGUGGAAGCUGCCUCCCAGGGACGAUGGCAGCCCUUCAGACCACUCUGGAUUCCCCAGCCCCCCAGCUCGAGAGAGUGGAGGAUGGGUCUGAAUGUGAUCCUGACCAGGAGGAGGAGGAGGAGAAGGGGAAGGACGUGGAGGAGGUGGAAGAGGAGGAGGAGGAAGAGGAGGAGGCAGAGGACACGGCAGAGGUGGUGGAGGUGGCGGAGGUGGAGGUGGAGGCAGAGUUUGACGGAGACGACGACAGUGACGGUGACGACGACGACGAUGACAAUGACGACGAGGAGGACGGCGUGGAGGAAGUGCUGGCAGAGGAGCAGAGCCCGGGCUUGGGAGCCCAGGAGCAACUUAGCCAUGGUGGUGACGCCAGGUCCCCGGCUCUGGGAAAGGCCCUGCAGAUGUGCCAGGUUCCCGUUACCACUCAGGAUGAGGAUCUGGAGGAAGAAGAAGAGGAAGAGGAGGAGGAGGAGGAUUUCCUAACAGCUGGUUCUCAGGGCAGCAGAGGGCAGUGUCUGGGGCCCUGUGCUUUCCAGGGGCUGGUGACCUUUGAAGAUGUGGCUGUGUACUUCUCCCUGGAAGAGUGGGAGAGACUGGACGUGAACCAGAGGGCCCUCUACCAGGAAGUGAUGCAAGAGAACUAUGGGAUCCUGGUGUCCUUGGGGUACCCAGUCCCAAAGCCAGAACUGAUCUUUCGCCUGGAACAAGGAGAAGAGCCUUGGGUCCCAGAUAGCCCCCAUCCUGAGGAGGGGGACAUUGUCACUGGUGUCUACACAGGAGCCUGGUACUGGACAGAUGACAUGGAGGACCACGAGGAAGAGGACGAUGAGGACUUCUUGGCAGAGAUGGCCGAGGAGGAGAAUGAACCCCCAGGCCUGUGGUCUGCGGCCUAUGGCGUGGGAGAUGUGCCAGGGACGUGGGGCCCGGACGAUUCGGAUUCUGCACAGACCCCAGAGGGCUGGGGAUCUGACUCUGGCAACCUCGGGGUCCUGGCUGAGGAGUCUGAGGCAAAGCCCUUUCUGCCCGGCCAGGAGCCGGAUUCAAACCUGAUGGCACCCUGGCCCUAUCCCACCGAGGAGGCUGCGCCGACUGGCCGGCCCGAGACCACGUGUGAUGUGUGCGGCAAAGUGUUCCCGCACCGGUCGCGGCUGGCCAAGCACCAGCGCUACCACGCGGCAGUCAAGCCCUUCGGCUGUGAAGAGUGUGGCAAGGGCUUCGUGUACCGCUCGCAUCUGGCCAUCCACCAGCGUACGCACACUGGCGAGAAGCCCUUCCCGUGCCCUGACUGUGGCAAGCGCUUCGUUUACAAGUCUCACCUGGUCACACACCGGCGCAUCCACACGGGCGAGCGGCCCUACCGUUGCGCCUUCUGCGGUGCGGGCUUUGGACGCCGCUCCUACCUGGUCACGCACCAGCGCACGCACACAGGUGAGCGGCCAUACCCGUGCGCACACUGUGGCCGCAGCUUCAGCCAGAGCUCGGCGCUGGCGCGGCACCAGGCCGUGCAUACUGCGGAUCGGCCGCAUUGCUGCCCUGACUGCGGCCAGGCCUUCCGCUUGCGCGCCGACUUCCAGCGACACCGGCGCAGUGGCGGGUGCGCGGAGCCGGGCAGCGAGGGCCCACGGCGGGAGCCUUGCGAGGCGGCGACAGCAAUGGGGCUCAAGGAGCCGGAGACUGCACUUGAGGGCCCUGAAGAGCCGCAGCAGUCCGUCUCGGCGGACAGGGACCCUGAGGCAGAAGCGAGGGAGGAGGCGGCAGCUGCAGAGGCGCGCCCUGAGAGCAAGCAGGACCCUGAGCCGAGCAGACGGUUCCUGGGGAUGGACAACGGUUUGGGCGAGGGCGAAGGCCCCUCCUCGCACCCGCUCGGCUUCCACUUUCCCAUGCAUCCCAAGUCAUGGCUACACCCAGACGGCUUCCCGAUCUUGGGGCUUACCGACAUCGGGGACCGGGUGCCGGCAGACGGGCGUGCCCUUCCAGGACCAUUGGGGGCCCCACUUGCGCUGGCGGAGGGUGCGGGGCUGGCCCGCGAUCCUGGGGCCGGCUUGGGUCUUCGCGUGUUCGCGCCCGCCGUCGGAGGGCUGCUGGCCGAGCCGGCGCCCGCCGCUCUGGCCGAGGAGGAGAGCCCGUGGAUCUGCUCAGACUGCGGCAAGACGUUCGGCCGCAGGGCCGCGCUGGCCAAGCACCAGCGCUACCAUGCGGGCGAGCGGCCGCACCGCUGCGCUGACUGCGGCAAGAGCUUCGUGUAUGGCUCCCACUUGGCGCGCCACCGGCGCACGCACACGGGCGAGCGGCCCUUCCCAUGCCCCGAGUGCGGCGCACGCUUCGCCCGCGGCUCGCACCUGGCGGCGCAUGUGCGCGGCCACACUGGCGAGAAGCCAUUUGUGUGCGGUGUGUGCGGCGCGGGCUUCAGCCGCCGUGCGCACCUGACAGCGCAUGGACGUGCACACACGGGCGAGCGGCCCUACGCGUGCGCCGAGUGCGGCCGCCGCUUUGGUCAGAGCGCGGCGCUGACGCGGCACCAGUGGGCACACGCCGAGGAGAAGCCGCACCGCUGCCCAGACUGCGGCAAGGGCUUCGGCCAUAGCUCGGACUUCAAGAGACAUCGGCGCACGCAUACGGGCGAGAAGCCCUUCCGCUGCGCCGACUGCGGCCGCGGCUUUGCGCAGCGGUCCAAUCUGGCCAAGCAUCGGCGUGGCCACACCGGUGAGCGGCCCUUCCCCUGCCCCGAGUGCGGCAAACGGUUCUCGCAGCGCUCGGUGCUCGUGACGCACCAACGCACGCACACGGGCGAGCGGCCCUACGCUUGCGCGCACUGUGGCCGCCGCUUCUCGCAGAGCUCUCACUUGCUCACGCACAUGAAGACACACCGUGGAGCGGUGGGCGCGCCUGGGCAGGCCGGUGCGACGGUGACCCCAAUGCCGAAGGCCGAGGCGCCCGCCAGGGGACAGCUGAGUGCCGGCUCCGCCCCAAGGGAGUGCGGGAGCACCCUGCUGGAGUUCGCGGGCGGGACGAGCUUCGGUUCUGAGGCCGCGUUUGCGGGGCCCUCGGCUGCCUAUGAGGAGAGCUAGGCUGCUGGUCCCGCACCGUGCUCCUCUGGCCUCUGGGCGUUGAGAGUCCCUGUCCUGGGCGCGGUGCCUUCCCCAGCGCACUGACCCCUUUCCUCCGGUCUUGGGGUCCCCUCCCCGCCGGGGCCCAGCUCUCGAGGCGACGUGGGGAGCACUCAGGAGAGCGGAACAUCGCGUGGGGGUGGCCACGGCAGGGGCUGCCACCGAGACUGACAUCCCGGGUCCAAGCUGCGAAACAGAGCGGUUGGGAUGGCGGGUGAGGCUAUUUAUUUUAUUCGAAUUUUAAUUUGGGCGGCCCAGACAAGCGACUUAGGAGUUCGCAGCCAGCCGGGUUUGACAAUGAAGGGAGGGUGGGGUGGCCGAGGCUCGAGCAGCCCAGCGGUCAGCGCCGGUGUCCGGGUUACCAGUGCGCCUGGCUGAUGAGUUCUCAUUUCAUCAGUAGGAGAUUCAGGGAUUUGCUGGGUUUGGAGUGUGUCCGGGAAGUUCCAAGAAAUCCUCGUGAUGGCAAGAGGGAGCCGGAUAGUUUGCAAAGGGCAGGAUUCCUCCCUACCCCAGGAGACAUGCGAAUGGGAAAGCUUUUGACUGUCGACAGUGGAUGUUUACUUCCGUCUACCCUAAGGCCCGAAGCAUGUGGGGGAAAGAGGAGACACAGCUGGAAACCAAGUCUGUGGCCCAGGUGGAUGGGUUGCGGUAUUAGCAGGGUCCCCAGGGAGUGUGAAGCCUUGUUCUCCGGAGUCCUGCUGUCCUCCCGGCCCCUCACCGUCAGCACUGAGAUGGGCACUGAGACAGCAGGGUCAGUUUGCCCCCAGCUUCCCUAUGAAGUCCUUUACCACCCCUACCAGCAGCAGCAGCUGGGGGUGGUAUGGUCGGUCAUCCUCGGGGUGCCCUGUGCACACCUGCACAGACUUGGGCCUUAACCUCUAAUACCUUGGGCUGCCUCCUCUCUCUCCGGUAGAAGGUGGGCACGUAGAACCCUGCCCUCCUGAGUUCACUGUUCAAGUAGCAUAAAGUACUGGGGUUGGUCUACAGGUCUUUCCCCGCAUCCCAUGAUUAGGGCCUGAGAACCUCCACAGGUCCUUUUAACUCUGCUUCUGCCAUUAUUCUUCACUAGAAGCAAGUUGUGUUUCUGUCUAGAUUCCCAUUCACAUGGGUCAGUGGUGGCACUGAAGACCUGGUGCGGUUCCCACGAAGGCUGUCCACAUCUGGAGGGGAAAGGAACCGAGCUCCUACCACCCAACUAUGCAAGACCCCUGUAGGUGGACAUCCCACCUCCAGACGGCUGUAGGGAGCCACUGGCCAGCAGCUAGGGCAGUAGUAGCAAACCUAUGGCACGUGUGCCACAGCGGGCUGUUUGUAUCAUUGAAAACUCUAAAAGGUUUGCUAUCACUGAGCUAGGCGUGGCUCAUGUGAGGUCCCCUCCCUUCUUGCUUUUGGGGCCAGUGUAAGUGGGGCUGGGGCCAGAGAACUGAGAUUUUGAAGCACCUGCAUUCCCUUUUAGACCUAGUUCCUUCUGUGUUAGUGUAGACAUGGCCUUGGGGGCUGAGAGCCAGCAACCAGGCUGCUAGGGGCUGGGUGGGGUAGGAGGUGAGGUGGUUGGUGGGUGGGAGGAGGGCCUGGGUGGUAGCGCUAAGAACUAGCCAGGCCGCGGAGGUUGCAGGCUGGGCUGGUGAGGAAGGCAGGGGGUCCCAGGGAGGCACCAGCAGCGCUAGGCCAUGGCCUCUGUCUCAGGUGUCUCCAGCUGAGUGGCUUGGGGCAUCUUGGCAUUGCCUUCCAUGGCCCAUGUCUGGCCACAUUCGUUCCCGUUGCUCCUGAGCCUCAGCUGCUUCUGCCCUGUCCAGCAUCCAUGAGCAGGAGGACCUAGCUUUAAUAAAGAUUGGGAAAAUGAGCUUUUUGACUGGACUUUGUGCUUUUUCCUCUCCUUGGUGAUCAGCAGCAGGGAGGCUCAGAAAGGCCUCAGGCCCAUCUCAUUUGAGCAAACAUAUUUUAGUUUUUUGUUUGUAGAUGGUCUUACUAUGUAGUUCAGUCUGGCCUUGAACUCUGGUGAUCCUCCUGCCUCGGCCUCCUGAGUAAUGGAACUACAGGUGUGUGCCACGAUGCUCAGCACGUUUUCAUUGUCUUUUAAGAAACCUCUAUUGAUUGCAGGAUGGCCCAUGAGGAGUCAGCCCAGGAUGAAUUUGGCCCUGUGCUUCCUAGGCCCACCAGGUUUUGCCUGGCUGUCCCUCCACUGCCACGUGUGUAAACCUUCCUCCUAAUGACUAUGUUUGGGAUUGUUUUGGCCAACCUGGUAGCCAAAGAGAAGGGCCAGAUUGCUUUUCCAAUGGUCCAGACACAUACCUGGGCCUUUCCUGAAGUGCCCAGCAUGAUGCGAAUUUCUCCGGGCUCACCCACCCUGUGCCACUGCAGGGCACAUCCUCUGGGCCACAGAACACCUUCCUUUAAAUGCACUUGACCUUUUUUUUCACCAUACAGUAUCCUCACAAUCAGACCCAACUCCCAUGCUUUCCAUAUGGAUUUGAAAAAUACGACCUAUGAAAUUUUCUUUACAAAUGUGAUCUAGAGGCAUCAGAACAGAGCAACCUAAUAGUUCAGUUAAAAAAGAAAACAGGCUUUGGGAGAUGGAUGAAUAGUAAGACCUAGUUAGGGAUGGACGGCUUUGGGGAAUCUUAAAGUCCACACAGCAAAGCUGAUUGAGUCCCUGAUAUGGCUCACGAUUGUCCUGCCAAACACUUUAUUUUAAUAUUUGGGAACCCCUAAUCCUAUGACUAUAGGAAAAAAAGUAGAUACCCUCUACUACCAAGGGAAGUGAAACCCCAGUGGCUUGUGAAAUGUGACCCACUGAAGGUGGCACUUGGAGAGUCACAAGGCCCAGGUGCCCCCCUCCACCCACCUCUGCUGUUUUUCUUUUGCCUGUAGUCCCCCAGCCUCCUUUGUUUCUGAUGGCUUUUCUCCUUUUUUCACUUUAUCUCUUCAAACAUUUCCUUGUCCCUUUUCAUUCUCUCAUUUACUACAGAUGGAAUAGAGUUUCAACAUUUUGGGUUAUAUCUGCUAAAUAAAGCUUUAUGUUCCUUGCUCAUUUAUUUUUUCCCCAAUUAAAAAAUACACGGUGCAAAAUUUCCAACAGUACAUAAAUGUGUCACGUAACCUUCAUCUCAGGAGCCCUGGCAUGUCCUGCAGUCAAGUGCACUGGGCACACUUCUGUGUGUGUGGAAAUGGUUUAAAAUUAGGAACACACUUUACACAUUGCUUUUCUCAUUUCAAUGUACAUCAUGGUCAUACCUUCCUGCCAGAGCUACCUCUUCAUUUUAACUCUUUCAUCCUGGCAUUUUGUUUUAUGAAUGUACCGCAAUUUAUGUGACUGUGUCUUGAUUUAUGGUAGUUUGGUUGUUCCCAGCUGUCCCCACUUCAGUGCUGCAGUGUACAUUAUUUUAUGUCUAUCUUUGUGUGGUUAUGUGGAAUUUUAAUAUCUGUUUAUGUGAGAUUAAACCCUAGGGUGGUAUGCUAGACCAAACCAGCAUGCAUAUUGAAUGCCUUUUGCAGGUGAGAAAGGCCAACUCAUAAUCCCAGCCCUCAGGAUUCUGAGGCAGGAGGGACUAGUGUUUGAGGUCAGCAUGGGCUGCAUAGCACGACCACACGGUCUCAAAAAAAAAAAAAAAAAAAAAAAAA